UAUUACACAAUUCAAGCAACAAGUGCAAAAUUCAGCAACCCCAUGCGAUAGAUAAAAGUGUCGUGAAACUUACAAUCACCGACAUCUUAUUGUUUAUUUUUUUAAAUUAAACCAUUACACAAGCUUGAGUAACUUUUAUUGCAAUGUUAUUCAUUUAUAUUCAAGAGGAAGGUAAUUAUUAAAAACAUCAAAACACUGCAACCAUACACCACAUUACGUAUUAAUUACGACGAACAUGCACAACCAGAGUGCAGCAUGUAAUAGAGCAAACUAGCUCAUUCUGCAUGUUGGUCACCCAAGACAGGUGGUUCCUGGUUCAAACUAUGACAGUGUGCCAAGAAACACAUAGGAAAAUGCACAUUAAAUGCUGCAGUUGAACACCGAGAAACAGUCGUAUCCGUAUGCUAAUACCCAACACUGGGUCUAUUUGCUUAUCAUCUAAUUCUAGGAAGCUUCCUCCCCCAACGCAAUCUAGUAUAUAAAUCAAAGAAUUCCCUCCACCACUCUUGAAACUGGUUGGCGAGAAAGAUUCUAAUUGUUUCUAAGACAGCCCUGAACUUAUACAGCAAUGGCGACAGAGAGGAGAAAAGGCUUCAUUGCGUUCAAACUUCUGGUUAAGAGACUGCAGAACCAUCUUCACAUAUCAAGAAGAGUACUGGAAAUCUUCAGAAGAUUUGAAUGUGAAGAAGUAGAAGCAAAAGAAACGGUGCCGGAUGAUGUGAAGGAAGGGCAUUUUGCUGUCCUAGCAGUCAACAAUGAGGAGGAGAAGCCCACAAGGUUUGUUGCGGACCUGUGCCUCCUGAAACAACCUGCAUUCUUGAGGUUGCUGAAGCUGGCAGAAGAAGAAUAUGGGUUCCAGCAGACGGGUGCACUUGCAGUACCGUGCCCACCUGAGGAGUUGAAAAAGAUUCUGCAAGACGAGAUUUGGAAGGACGCUAACAAAAGGGAUUUCAAUACGGUAUGAUAACAGGAGCAAAGCACUGCGCUCUAGUUUCACACAACCUGUGAUUCUUUUUUGUCCAAGUUACUUACUAGCUUUACAUUGGUUAGUUCUGUAUAGAAUCAAGAAAUAUGGUGUGGAAAGAGAAACUGUAGAAAGUAUUUGCUUCUAUCGUUUCUUGCAAGCUAUUAUUGCACAGGACGAGACAUUCUUAUAAUGCAAACCAGGUGAAAGUCCAGUCCAUGAAAACAGAUACCACUGAUGUCAAUAGAUAAAAGGAUUACAUGACCCCUAAUUGGAGUAUGAAUGAAUAUUUAACUCAAUAUUGGGUUCGAUUCACUGGCAAACUUACGUUACAUGCCACGAUCAUCACACACGUUCAACUAUGUCUUAAGACAAUUUCAAGUAGACUAAGAUAUAAAGUAGGAAAAGAGAACUGACAUGGUUCAUUUAGAAGAUAUUUUAAACAAUUCUUGUUAAUAGUAACUAAAACUAAGUGUACAUCUCGCUCCCUGAAAAAUGAACCACUUAACAUGGCCUGAUAAACUUAUGAAUCAUCAACAUUACACUUUAACCUAGAGAAGAAAACUAGCAAAUUGCUUUGCAUGCUUCACUCAAUUGCUGUCCAACAAAGCACUUCCAUAUUAGAAGUAAUGUUCCAUUUUUCAUUACAUACCCCUGUAUUUACAAACAAACAAAGAGCAACAGAAGUUGAUGAAUCUAGAUUUAAUUUCAGUGUGUAUGAUGUAAACCUUUAUUAAGCAGAAGAAUAGAUGAAAACAAAUAACCAAACAGCUCAUGAGACCAAUAAUGAGAAGGGUCAGCAAGGUCAUCUUUCAACAAAUAGAAUACCAAAUGCAACUUAACUUUAGGGCUCAAUUGAUUGUACACACAACUUGUGUAAUCUUAAUACACAGGAUGAAGAAGCACUAAGAAUUGUUUCAAAAACUUGAAAAAGAAAAAUGCUUCAACCUAAAAUAUCAUUUUGAGCGGGCAGGGUGGAAGAUGUGAAUUUUAAAAUGUCUAUUUUGAGAAAACCAGAACAUAAGAGCC